AUGGCUCCUACACAACGUCCUACCAAGCGUCAACGCACCACCGAACAUCACACAAAAUCCAUCGCGAGAGUCAAACCGAGCCAAGUGUCGCUAAAAAAACCGGCGCCUGCGACAACUCCAUCAGCCAGGAAACCUACCACCGUCCGAACUCCUGCAUCGGACAAGGGCAAGGCGAAGGCCGAGCGUUUACAAGAGAGUCUUCCGUCAUCAUUCAAGGUCAUCGCUGGGUCGUACGAAAAACUCCUCUACGGCCUGCAAGGGACGGUAUCGCGUACCGAGGAUGGAGGAUACGACUGGAAGCUAAAACCGAUCUUCAUAUUCCCCGCACACGUCUCGUGCAUCAAAGCCGUCGCCGCCUCUCCGAACGGUGGCAAGUGGUUAGCGACGGGAAGCGCGGACGAGAUCAUCAAGGUAUGGGAUCUGCGCCGAAGAAAGGAGAUCGGCGGGCUUAUGCACCACGAAGGGUCAAUAACGCAUCUGAGCUUUCCCUCUCGUUCACAUCUCCUCUCCGCCUCUGAGGACGGUUCGCUAUGCCUCUUCCGCGCGCGAGACUGGGCCGUCUUGCGCUCCAUGAAGGGUCACAAAGGCCGGGUGAACUGCGUCGCCGUUCACCCAUCAGGCAAGGUCGCGUUGAGCGUAGGAAAGGACCGCACGCUCAGGAUGUGGGAUCUCAUGCGGGGUAAAGGCAGCGCGAGCACAAAACUUGGCAAAGAGGGCGAGGUCGUGCGAUGGUCCGUCUCCGGGGCGCUUUUCGUGGUGCAAUCGCAGUCGACGAUCGACAUCUACUCCACUAACAUGGCUUUACUGCACACCAUCUCUCACCCCUCCCGGAUACACGAUGUUUGCUUCGUCAAGCGCCCGUCGUGUUCGGACAGCAAAACAGAGAUAGACGUGCACGAACUCCUCCUCGUUGGCGCCGAGGACAAGAAACUAUCGGUUUACGACGUCCCGCCGACCGUAGACGCCGCAAAAGACGUCGUCCCAACUUUCGUUGCCGAGCUGGUUGGACACUCCAACCGGUGCGCAACCUCCUUUCUUCCUUCGUGUCUACACGCUCAUGGUUCAUGCGCAGCGUUAAAGCGGUGGCGACCCUCAAAAUCGCGCUGCCGGGCCCGUCAACAUCGUCCACUACCGUCGUUAGCACUGCCUCGUCGGACGGCAAGAUCCUCAUUUACGAUCUGCGCUCAGUGCCCUCUUCAACGACACAGAUCGACGUGGACGGAAAGGAUGGCGUGGCGAGCAUACCUCCGGUUGCGGAGUAUGAUAGCAGCGGAACUCGGCUGA